AUGGACCCCGCUUUCGCUCAGGGACUUCACGAUUUGUUACUUCAAUCUACAUCUAAUGAUACAAAUCUACUUAAAGCUGCCACAGCUCAAUUAAACCAAGAAUACUAUAAAAAUCCAUCAUGCAUUCCUGCUUUGGCCAGUAUUUUGGCCAGUUCUCCGGAAAUUCCAGUCCGUCAACUUGCAGCCGUAGAAAUGCGCAAAAGGGUGGCACAUAAUAGCGGAAAUCUAUGGACGCUCAUCACUCAAGAUGAACGGGGCCAGAUUAAAGAGAAGCUUCCUGAGAUCAUCCUGGCCGAGCCCAAUAACCUAGUACGCCAUUCCGCUGCACGUGUCAUUGCAGCCAUUGCAGCCAUCGAAACACCCCAUGGAACAUGGCCUCAACUUCUCCCCUUCCUACACCAGACAUGUGUUUCCCCACAGGUCGCCCAUCGCGAAGUUGGAAGCUUCAUCCUUUUCACCGUCCUCGAGAACAUCGUCGAAGGCUUCCAAGAGCAUCUGCAAAGUUUCUUCAAGCUCUUCGAGCAACUUCUCUCCGAUCCAGAAAGUAUUGAGGUUCGGAUUACAACUGUCCGAUCUUUGGGUGUUCUUGCACAGUAUCUCGACAUCGAUAGCAAAAAUGAAAUCCGAUCAUUCCAAGCGCUUUUGCCCGCCAUGAUCCAAGUCAUCGGCCAGUGCGUUGAAACCGGCAACGAAAAUGGCGCUCGCCCGCUGUUCGAUGUACUCGAGACUCUGCUGAUCUUGGAGAUUCCUCUUCUCGGAAAGCACAUCCCUCAACUUGCUGAGUUCUUGCUCCAAUGUGGUGGGAACCGUGCGUUCGAUGGCGACCUUCGCGUUCUUGCACUCAAUGCACUCAACUGGACGAUCCAGUACAAAAAAUCCAAAAUCCAGAGCCAAAAUUUGGCAGCUGCCAUCCUUGAAGGCCUCAUGCCUAUUGCUGCAGAGGAGGAACCAGUUGACAUCGACGAUGACGCUCCAUCACGGUCCGCCCUUCGCAUCAUCGACAGCCUGGCUACCAACCUCCCCCCUUCUCAAGUAUUCCCCGCUUUAAGGACUUUGAUCAGCCGAUAUUUCUCCUCACCAGACCCCAAUCUCCGCCGUGCUGCCAUGCUUGCGCUCGGCGUAUCUGUGGAAGGUUGCAGCGAGUACAUGACUCCUUUGAUGACCGAAGUCUGGCCUGUUAUCGAGGCCGGCCUUCAAGACGGUGAUGCGAGUGUGCGCAAGGCCACUUGCGUCGCGGUCAGUUGUCUAUGCGAAUGGCUGGAGGAAGAAUGCGUAACCAAGCACUCAGUUUUGAUUCCCGCUAUCAUGAACUUGAUCAACGACCCAGAAACUCAACGACCUGCAUGUACCGCUCUGGAUGCCAUGUUGGAAAUUCUCCACGAUGUCAUCGACCAAUACCUUCAGCUUAUUAUGGAACGCCUCGCUGGCCUCCUCGACACAGCACCAAUCCCCGUCAAGUCUGUGGUUACGGGCGCCAUCGGCAGCGCCGCUCACGCUUCGAAGGAGCGAUUCCUGCCGUACUUCGAGCCCACCAUGUCUCGUCUCCAACACUUUUUGGUCCUGACCGGUGAGGGCGAGGAGACCGAGCUCCGUGGCAUCACUAUGGACGCCAUCGGCACUAUCUCUGAGGCUGUCGGGAAGGACGUAUUCCGACCAUUCUUCCCUAACAUGAUGACACAAGCGUUCCAGGGUAUCGAGAUGGGCAGUGCGCGACUGAGGGAAUGCAGCUUCCUGUUCUUUGGGGUCAUGGCUGGAGUAUUUGGCGAGGAGUUUGCACCGUAUCUCCCGAGCGUUGUUCCUCCCUUGUUGGCUAGCUGCAAGCAAACCGAGCAAGGAGAGGAAAAUCUUACCAUGACCGUCCAAGAAGCCUCCUCUGCUUUCGCCUCUGGGUCUUCUCCUUCGAAUGCCAUCAAUGUUAUGGACGAUGAAAACGGCAAUGCUUCUAUCGAGCUCGAGGAUGUUGACGUGGACAAGAUGAUCGACGUCAACAGUGCCAUUGCUGUCGAGAAAGAGAUUGCUGCUGAUACUAUCGGAACGCUCUUUGCCGCCACCGGGAACCAUUUCCUUCCCUACGUCGAGCAAUGCACCAUCGAGCUCGUGUCCCUCUUGAGUCAUUACUACGAAGGCAUAAGGAAGAGUGCGACCGAUUCGCUUCUCCAAAUCGCACGCACAUUCUAUGAGCUCAGCAAUCAUCAAGAAUGGCAGCCUGGUAUUCCUGUUGUUGUUCCGGUGGACACCACGGUCAAGACACUCAUUGGCCACAUCAUGAUGCCCCUCCUGGAGAUGAAUGAAUCAGAAGAUAACAAGUCCGUCGUCUCGGCCCUCUGCGUCGGCCUUGCCGAAACGCUGAACAAAAUUGGCCCCGCUUUUGUCGAAGGCCAUCUGGACGAAGUCUGCAACAUCGCCGUCCAGGUUCUCGAGCAGAAAGCGUUCUGCCAACAGGAUCCCGACCAAGAUGCCGAAGAGGAAGCCCCCGAAGAUCAAGCCGAGUACGACUCUGUCCUCAUCUCCUCUGCUGGGGAUCUCGUAUCCGCUUUGGCAAACACUAUCGGCCCCAACUUCUCUCAGGCGUUCGGCACAUUCUUCCCCCUGAUUUCCAAGUACUACAAGAAGAGCCGUUCGCUCAGCGACCGCUCCGCCUCCAUUGGCUGCUUGGCCGAGAUUGUUUCCGGAAUGAAGGGUGCCAUAACACCAUUCACUGAGCCGCUGUUGGAACUAUUCUUUAAAGCCCUUAAUGAUCCCGACCCAGAAGUUCUUAGCAACGCGGCAUUUGCGAUCGGUCUCCUUGUCGAAAAUACGGAUGUGGACCUCUCCCCCCACUUCAUAAACAUCCUCAGCUCACUUCGGCCUCUGUUCGUCGUCCAGCCGGAUUCGCCCUCGGUCCGGUUCAAUGCCCGCGAUAACGCUGCAGGCGCAGUCAGCAGGAUGAUCGUCCGCAACACCGCUGCCGUCCCUCUAGACCAGGUGCUCCCCGUGUUCAUCGACUCCCUGCCCCUCCAACACGACUACCUCGAGAACCAGCCCGUGUUCCGGGGCAUCUUCCAUCUCUUCAACACGAACUCCCAGGUCCUCUUGCCGUUCAUGGAGAAACUGCUCCAGGUCUUCGCCCAUGUGCUAGACCCAAGCGGCCCGGAUCAGGUUGGUGAUGAUAUCAGAGCAGACCUCAUCAAGCUCCUGGGGGCGUUGCACAGCGAGAUGCCUGCACAGGUGCAAGCCGCCGGUUUGUUGCCUUUCGUUCCAACCGCCUAA